AUGGCUGCCAUCAUCUGGUUGUUGAGCGCUUUUUUAGCUGCUUGUGUUGUCCUGCCGAUUGACGGAUCCGUACGCAUUACGAACUACACGGACGAAUGGGACCCAAAGUAUUUGGACGUGGAUUUACGUGUACGGCGGUUGGACAAGACGACCGCGAUUGAUUUCGAUCUGGACCUGAAACAGGUGCUGGACAAGAACGUUGAGUAUGACGUGCGGCUGUGCAAGAGAAUGUCCGGAAAGUACCACCAGAUGAUGUACACCGGGAAGCAGCAGCUGUGUGGAAAGGAUCUGCGACGGUCCCGGAAUCUGCUCGAUCGCUACAUUGCCUCGGAGCUGGUAAAACACUCGAACCUAACCACCCAAUGUCCCAUCCCGACCGGUCACUACGAGGUGCGCAACUUUGAGAUUGACGAUAGACACCUGAUGAUGAGCGUGGUUCCGUCCGGAGAGUUCCUCAUCGAGCUCGGUGUCUACCACCGUGGAAAGGAAAUCAAAAUGAAUCGCUGGUUCAUUACCGCAACGUGA